AUGGCUAAAACUAAGACAACACCAAGAAAUGAAUAUCGGCGGUGUCCAAUGUGUUCGGAACCUGCAAGAACAGAAGAAGAAUUCAAGAAACACAUUAUGGUAUGCGCCAUGAGAGUUUUUGAGUGUCCAACCUGUGAUUUUACCAACACUAGAGAACUCAAUCUCAAGAGACACAUCAAACGAUGUCAUCCUGGCUUAGGACCUAAUGAUGAACUUAUCAAACUGGGCGCAAAAGAGCAAAACUCAUCGAGUAGUAGUAGCUCAAGUGAUGAGAAUGAAGAAGAUGAUAUUGAUGAGCAGAAGGAGAAACAGGAUCCGGAGAAGAAAGAAGACAAUCUGUUAGAAGGAAGACUUUUCCGUAAGAAGACCCAACCGACUUUGCCUUUUGCAAGAAAAAGACCAAGUUUGGAGGAGAUCCCUGUUCCAAAGAAGAUUAUUCUUAUGGACAAAGCAACCCAGGUUGAUAUGGAACCAGCAGUUCCCCCUGUAGAGAGUAGUGGAGUCGACGUUUAUACACAGACAUCCCCAAAGAAAAGAGAAGUUGUGACCAGAACGACAAGAAAGUUUCGUGAAGGAGAGGCAGAUAUCAAAGUUGUUGCCAAAGAAAGAAUGAUUUAUAACUGA